GAGAGGAGAGAGAUCAAGUAGCCCACACACUGUGCAGUGUGUGCGGAGGGGUGAUGCCUCGGGAGCGCAUCACAGGACACAAAACCCCACUGCAAGACGCAGUGCCAGAAGAGAGCAGCUUUGGCAAGAGAGCUUGUUUUCUGUAGAUUAGAGUGGGGAGAAAGAAGGAAGUUAGUCCGUUAACUAACAAACAUAGGUUUUUAUCAUGUCGGAAUCCUCCUGAAUAUCUUUGCCGAAGAGGAAACAAUGUAGUUGAAAGAAAAGGGAAUUUCCACCGGUGAAGAGAUCCGGGGAUGCAUGGACACAGUUAUGGGUGAUUAGUGUAAUUUUGCAGCUGCAAAAUAAAGACUGGAUAUGCGCAGAAAAACUGGGGAGAAGUGAGUUUCGGGUGUCCACAGGAUGGACACUGCGGAGGUAAUUCUCUCGGUGCUGGUGGUUGUGAUUAUUAUAGUGUCGCUGCUGUCCAACGUCCUGGUGCUGAUUUGCUUUUUGUAUAACCCGGAGAUCCGCAAGCAAGUCCCCGGUCUGUUCAACCUCAACCUCACCUUCUGCAACUUGUUGCUGACCGUCUCCAACAUGCCGCUCACUUUGGUAGGACUUGUCAGUAAAGCUCAGCCGGGGGGAGAUAGCUUCUGCCAGAUCGUGGGCUUCUUGGAGACUUUCCUGUCCACGAACUCGAUGCUGAGCAUGGCAGCUCUGAGCAUCGACAGGUGGAUCGCGGUAGUGUUCCCCCUGAGGUACCACUCCAAAAUGCGCCACAAAGACGCGGCUUUUGUGCUCGGGUACACGUGGGCGCACUCCAUGUUCUUCUCCACGGUGGCCGCCUGUCUCUCCUGGGUUGGAUACCACCGGCUUUACGCAUCCUGCACCCUGUCCAACCCCAGAGCGAGCAGUCGGACACAGUUUGUCGUCUUCACCAUCUUUUUCCACUCUUUCACCUUUCUUCUGUCUUUCAUAGUAUUAUGUGUCACAUACCUCAAAGUACUUAAAGUAGCAAGGUUUCACUGUAAGAGGAUCGACGUUAUUACAAUGCAAACUUUGGUGCUUCUAGUGGAUAUACAUCCCAGUGUUCGUCAGCGUUGUCUGGAGGAGCAGAAGAGGCGACGACAGAGAGCAACGAGGAAGAUCAGCACCUUUAUCGGCACCUUCAUGCUCUGCUUCGCUCCCUAUGUGAUCACGAGGAUCGUGGAGUUAUUUCCAGCGGUGCCUAUCAACCCUCACUGGGGAAUUGUCUCCAAGUGCUUAGCUUACAGCAAGGCAGCUUGCGACCCAUUUGUGUACUCCCUCCUCCGACACCAGUACAAGAAGACAUGCACUGACAUCAUCAACAAGCUGCUGAAGCGCAGCUCCUUGAACGCGUCCGGACACCGGCACGAGAGCCAGGUGAACAGCAUACCCACCGUGGAGUGACCGGCAUUGCCCCGAUGGGAAGGUUAACCCGACAACUGUCAGGGAAAUAAGAACCUAGUUUACUGUCGAUGAAGAAGUGGAAUAUAUUUUGGUAGUUCAUGUCCAUGUCUGCUUGAAUUUGGUCUACACAAAAAGGAAAGAAAACAGAACAGACAAGGUCAACUCCCUGUACAGGAAUACCACUGCGCUUUCAUACCGAGUGCUCAGAACAGCAAAUCAGUGCAGUGAACUUGCUGUGAGGACAAUAAAGAGCAGCAGAUUCCAUGUCCACCUGGAGAGACAGAUGUGCUUACCCAGGAUGAAUGGCCACCUAAAAGUUUUAUUAUUUUAGGGUAGCUUUCAGUCAGAUAUGAGAUACAGUUUAUUAUAUACAGAUUUUGCAGUGUGUCUUUUUGUUUUGACAUUACUGACAUUGACAAUUUAUCUUAAAAGGGGGGAGGGGGGCUGUAUGUCUGUUUUAGUCUGUGCAAAGUGUUUGCAGUAAUUUAUACAUUAAUUCUGUAUGUAGCACUGAAGACUAGUCUAACCAAAACUUGACAAAGUAGAAGAACAAGUUCCCAAAUUGUAUUGCAGAUGAAAACAUACAGCAGACUGUGCACACUGCGGCUCAGGUAUAGCCCAGUCCGAAUUAAGCAAAUUCUUUGGGUAUUUUUAUUUUUCAGUACAUCAUCUGGCUGUAUUAGUACCACUGGAUGUAAAUAUAUAUUUUUUUAUGUGUAUUGGCAUUGUUUAUGCUUUAGCACCCAUUUUAAGGACUUACUGAUCUGUCCAAGAAGAGUUUUAGCAGAAAGAAAAAACCUUCAAACUGACUUCCUUUGCUGUCAUGACUGACAUGUGGCCCUCAGGUUGUUAAGUCAAGUGAAGCAUGAUCAACUGUACUUGCCUGGGUUUGUACUCACAGUCACAAGUGACCCGUAGAGACUGCUCGAUGCUUUUUCACACAUACAGGAAGGAAAAUGCACGGGACAUGUCUUUUGGCAAAAAGAUGAGAUGAUUUAAUAGAGAUGACAGACACAGACAUGAGAAAAUAUUAUAGCAAAGCACGUCUGGAUGCAGAAAUAAUCAGUUUGAAUGGGUAAAGUAAAAAAAAAGAAAAAUCUCUGAACAGCUAAGGCCAACUAAAUGUGCAAUGGUAAUAGUUGAGAGCACUUUUACCACAUAAUAUUAUUAAAAUCAGUCUGAAUUACUGAAUAUGCUCAAAACAAGGUAAGAUAAUCCUAGCUAAGCUAAGCUAGGAUUAAUAACUUGGACCGCAAAACUAAAUGAUCCUAGUCUGUGAUUCCUAUUAGUAUUUUUUUUCUUCCUAGAUAACCUGCAGCAGCAGGUUUGCCAACUACUUUGCCAGGAAGUCAGCUACAGGUAAGAGCUAGUAGUGAUAAUAGAUAAGUGGGCAGCUAAGCUACUAACACAGAUCUUAGAUAUUGAUACUAAUGCAAGGACUAAUGGAAGGACUCAAUUGUAUUUAUAAAUAUAGCAUAUUGUUGUCUUUGCUGAUAAAAAGGUUUUUCUUUUAAAUAAUCACCCGAAAGCAGUAGAAGGCAGAUAAAAAUCAUCCAGUGCCACUUAUAUUUGUAUAAAGCUUUGGCAAAUGGUGGUGAAAGGCACCAAAUAGAAAUGAUUAUGACCUUAUAAACUUCAUUUAAUGGAGACGUGCAACAAACAAGUCUCUAACAACACCAGGCUACCAGUUGGACCCUAACUCUAACCCACCUAUCCCACUAACCCUACACAGUCCAGCUGGAAUGGAAUGAAGCCAGAUAAAAUGUUAUUCAAAAUAAACUACUGAUACUACAAAAGUUAUUUCAUUUUUUUUCUUGGUAAAGAGAUAAAAAUAAUAGUUUUAUUUUGUUGGUUUGGUCCAUUAAAUCUAAACAAACAUCCAAAGAUAGUGAAUUUGAUUUUAUAGAAGACUUUUAUAGAAGACUAUAGAAAACCAGUUAUAUCUACUUGUUUACAGCACUUUUUAAUUUUUUAUUUUUUUGUCAUAUGAAAACAAAAUGCAUCAAACUGUACAUCUGACAGUGAGAUAGGGAGUGAAAAUUCAGUGCCAAAAUUACUGACGAUGCCCAGUGAGCCAAAUAUAAGGAGAUGUAAUUAAUUUUCUAAAAGCAGAACAGGAAACAAAAGAAGUGAAGAUUAUUUUAUGUAGGGUGUAAGCAUUCAUGAUUUUACAAAGGAGAAACAGUUGUCUUGACUAUAUCAUGCAUUGUACGACGCUCCAAGACAGCUGAUGCCUUAAAUUCUAUAAUAUGUUAGUUUUAAGUUUUUCAGACAUAUAGACAACUAUAUUACUGGAAUCAAUAAUUGCCUUAUUCGCUUCUGUUCAUCAAUGUUACUCCAAAUCUGCUUCCUUUUUGUUAUCCUCUAAUUCUGAUUUCUUGAAGUUCUCACUUGCCCACAUUAAAUGUUUCUCAUAAAUGAUGACUAAAAUGAAACAUAAAAGGAUACAUGUCGACAUAUUUAGAUGAAAGGCAAUGUGAAAAGUAUUUUUGAAUCUUUUGAUAUAUGUAAAUGUAAUUUAUUGAGACAAUUUAUCGUAUGUCUGAGUUUUACAGAAUGUGCUGCUACAAAUGCAAAUGAAAUUUAACCUGUCGUGGAUCGGUGGCAAUGAGUGGAGUGUAAUAUACCUCAUUUUGUUUAUCAGUGACUGACCUGACUGCCUAAAGUGUUCUGUUAUGUACCUCCUGAUUUAUCAAACCGUGGCUCGAUGCUGCUGCUGCUGCUAAAGAUGGCUAAGAUGACAAACUCAUGAUGUUGGCGGUGAUGGGAUGAAUGCUUUUUCCAUAAUAUUUUUUUUUAAUGGAGAUUGUAAUUGUUAUGUUGGUAAAAAUGACAAAGAUGACUGUUUUAGAUUUUAACCAUGAUGAUUAAA